ACAAAUCCCAUGUUGUUCGGCAGUGAACCGUCUCAUAGAUUUUUAAAGUUUGGUAUCAUUGGAAUAUAGUUCAUGGUAUGUCUCGAUUAACCCAUUUAUUUCGUAUUUGAUGCUAAUGGCAGGGGCAUCAAUUGACAUCCAAAGGAGCAGAGCUGCCUGUACAUCAUACGGCAUUCCAAUUGCCAAUAAUCGAACAUCCCAAACCAACACAAGCGAGACAUGCAUAGAAUUUCGAAUGGUUGGGAAAAUCACAUUUCUAUACAGCCAUCUGCCGACGCCAUUAGACCUCCAAACUUGCCAAAUUCAGGGAUGUCCAGGCCUACCUCCGGUUCCCCUCCCUCUCUCUUCCCUCUAUCUCCCCUUUAUUGUACCCCUUUUUUCUUUUUUCUUUUUUCUUUUUUUUCUUCUUUCUUGUUCGCGUUCUUGCUGUUCUUUUCAAACCAAUACACUCGAUUUGCUGGUUGACAGCCAUGAAAACCCAAGCAGCCCCCCGCGCGGGGGGCUACCUGUAUUUAGAUGAUAGAUGGUAGUUCAGCUAGGUGACAGACAGCUCCGAUCUGCCCGUCGUAUGUCUCGCAUUGGGACCAGGGCUUUUCCGCUUCCGAGACUCCAAGAUGAAAUGGGGAAGCUUCGGGGCAGCGGUGCCAAUUCUCCGUAUUACCGUACGAGGCCCAUAUGACAGCCGUGAGCCGUAGAGACAGUAUCGCGCAGUAGGGAAUGUACGUAUUAUUGAAUCUGCUUACUAGAACUAACUAAGAGUGUUCCAUCGCCGUACGAUAA